AUGAAAAAUGUUAAUGUCAUCAAAGAAUUUGAUUCUUCAGAUCCGCUUAAAUUAGAUAAUACCAAAAGCAUCUUGGAUUCGUUUCGUUAUGUUAAAGGAAGAAGAUAUCAUAAUCAAACCGAUGUAACUUAUUUACUCCCAAAUGACGAGAAAGAAGUGCACGAUUUACUAAAAUCUGGAGGGGCGAAAGUCUUGGAUGUAGGAUGCGGAACCGGGCGGUGGUUAUUAGACAUGGCCAAUGAAUAUCCAAAUUCCUCGUUCAUUGGCAUAGAUAUGUCCCCCAUAUUUCCUGAUGUCAACCAUAUCCCACAAAAUGUUGCUUUCCUACAGCAUAAUUUAAACGACGGCCUUCCAUUCCCAAAUGAGACUUUUGAUUUCGUGUUUCAAGGAUUUUUGGGAAAUAAUGUGAUAAAUAAACAAUGGGAAUACUACACCCGAGAAAUGAUACGCGUGACUAAACUUGGUGGAUGGGUGGAGAUUUUUGAUUAUGUUGUUGAUUAUCAAAACUCGGGUCCAAAGUUCGCGAAAAUAAUGGAAUUAGCAAAUUCCGGACUCGAAGCUAAAGGAAUCAACCCUCAUCCCGAAACCUACGUUCCACAACUUUUAAAAAAUUGUCAAGAGUUAUCAGAAGUUCACUUUGAAGAAGAAAAUAUUCCAUUAGGAAAUUGGGCGGGCCAAUUGGGCGAAAUGAUGGUUGCAUAUUAUUUUAUGUCUUUCAACGCUUUUAAAUUAUUACUCACUUCAGCUUGGGGAGUUUCUGAUGAGACUUACGACACCAUCUACGAUUAUAUUCGACCAGAGUUUGAAGAUUUUAAGGUCUACUUUAAAUCAUUUCGAUGGUACUCGAAAAAGAUUUAA